UACACUCCGGUACUCUAUUACGUCAGAACGCGAAAAUCCUUCACCAGUACAGUAUCCGUGCAUUCAUUGUUAAAUUAAAACAGUGCUAGUCACGCGCCGUAUAGCGUACUGGAUAAUGUACGCCUAGCGUUGUUUGAUGCUGCAGUGUACGGUGAAUGUGAUUAUUCUGAUGACCAACAAACUAGCCAAACAUCACGAGCACGCAAUGGAUUGAAAAAACCACGGAACUCCAUGGAAACAAGUAUCAAGAACAUGCACAUGAAAGAACAAUUCAACGUUGGGAAAGCAUUCUAAGGCAAGUGACAGUGAUGCACUGCCAGUUAUUGUGCAGCUCCAGAGGGAGCCGUCGACAUGUUUGAAGCAGCACACUCAGUUCACGCAUGGUUCACUCAGUUCACGUACGGCAUUGGCCAUGCUAGCAAUCGAUUGAUCAUGUUUAUCAUGUUUAUGUCUAGGGUCUGAUGGAAGUGCCGGCUACGUGAUAAGCUCGACGUUUUAAAGAGAAUCAGCAGUUCUGGAUCUGCCGUAGCUGUCCACCUUGCAUCAGGAAUUGUUGGUUCAAGGGCGGUUCAGCGAUUCCAUUCCAGUGACAGGAUAUGUGGCCUAACCGUCGGUGUGUAUUCGGCUUGCUGUCUUGAACGGACGACUUCGUGCGAGAAACGUUUGUUCCGCAUUGCUUCGUAUAAUUACAAGCGAGACCCAUCGUCAUCCUUGAACCUCGUUGGCGCAACCGACAUAGCUACACAGACAUCACACAGAUCGAUCAAAAUAGAACAGGACUGCGAACAAUGAACUCAAGUUCGGAAGUCGCCAGCUAGAGUAAUAGUAAAGAAGUUUGCUGUUGCUUCCUGAUUUUGCGCAUUGAUAUUCCGGAACUGUGAGCCUAAAGACGGGUUCUUAUACUUGCGUACACACGUCCAGAGAGCUGGAAACUGUUUUUUUUUUUUUUUUUUGAAAUUUACUCUUGGUACAGGGGUGAAUUGAAUCCCCAUGGUCAUGGAUGAAGCGAUACCUGUGGGAUCGCUGUGAAGCCAGGACUGCUGAGCGAGCCUCGUCCCCUGGGUGAUGGAAGGCAGGACUGGUCUGCCCGUGUCCGGCGCUCCUCCCUUCCCCGCCCCUGUACCGCCGCCGCACGGCACCGUCCCGGCUCCCGCCGUCAGCUCCGACACCGUGCUGAGCCCCGUCUUUGCCGACCUGCCGGGCGGACCCAACGGAGCCGCCCGCACGUCCACGGCCGUGGCCUCCUCCAUAGCGAGUCCCGGGCAUGCUAAUUACCAAGGCAAGCUCUUCUCCUCCGCAGUGGCUGCAUUAGGCGGAGGGUCCGGUUUCUCUUAUCUCGGCAACUACAUCACUCCUUCCAGUUCCGACACCUUUAAGCAGUCCGGUGGGGUCAUCGCACAACCAGUAACCAUGAACCAGUUCUGGCUGCCCAACUCAGAAGGGUAUGCAGGAUUUGUAGCCAGCAGUGCACAUUCUUACCAGCCUUACUUCACCACACUCAGCUCACUGCCAGGUCCAGGAACCCAGGGACUCCUUGCCGUUUCGGCCACAGCUAAAUCAGAUGGCCAACGCAUUCCAGCAUCCCACCACACCAGGAACAGUGACCCAUGGGAAGGCCCACCAUCAAAAUUAAGCAAGACCUCUCCUCAUGCACUGAAGGAGAGCACCCUCUCCCCAAAGACUUCUACCCACCCACCAGCAAAGUUGAGGCACACCUCAGGCAGUGAGGACAGGAAGGCGUCCAAACAUGAUUCUAGCCGGAGCAGAAAUAAGGAGAGGGUCACAGAGAGCAAUGCAGUUGAGGAGAAAAAAGAGCCAGUCUUAGGUAGAUACAGUAAGAUGGCUUCAAAGGAAAAGGGUAAUGGUUGUGACGUUGCACCAAAACAAGAGCAGAAGUUAGAGUCGGACUUAACUCAAGACUCGCCAAAUAAGAUGACUGAUAAAUCACCCGAACCAAAGCAAAAAGUCCAAAACAACCCCCUGGCUCUGACAGUUGAAGUAAUCAGCAGGGAGGAACUCCCCAACGUGGUGUCAAAGUGUAAUGGGGAUAGCAUUCAGAGUUCCAAGAAAGACAGCUCAAAGGCCAACCCAGGUCUGCCUACUUCGAGUCCCAAAUCAAAAGAAUCGAGCUCAGAAAAGCGGAAGAAAUCAAGCAAGCGGAAAGACCUGUCAGUGGAUGUGAAUGGAAAUGCCGUGCUAUCAAGCAUUCCCGCUGCUGCCGCUGAGAAGAAAGUUUUGCCGCAAACAUCAACUGUUGUGUGUGCCACUUCUGAGAACUCGACGCCAGCAUCAUCCAUUUCAGAAACAAAACACACAAGUUGCUCCACACAUUUAUCGGCAAGUGCUGACACUCUGGACAUUACUCAGGCAGUGCGAAUGGACACAUCCAAUGGCAAUAGCAGGUCACCAACAGGUGCAGAUGCUGUGCCACUGACUGCCAGUCCUCCUUCAUCCACUAUGGUGCCUUCUUCGGGAAAACCCUCCCCACCGUCAAACAACUUUAAAGUCACAAGUGCAACGUCAGCACCUCUGUUGCCAGCGUCACCAGUAUGUUCUACUCACGGCACUACUGACAGCUCAUCUUCAGUAAGCCCAUCAGGAGCAGGCUGUAGUGGAGUUAAUUCUGUGCCGACUGGUUCCCCCGGAGUUAUGUCUGCUUCUGCAGCCGGAGACUGUAUUCAAAGAACCUGUUCAUCGGGGGAUGCUUUGACCACAGGAGUUGAUUCCAGUAAGAUAAAGUCACCAGUGGAUGCUCCCACAAGUCAGAACUCUUCUGGCCUUAGUCCUCCCAAAGGUGGGCCCUUUGGAGCUGGCUUGGCAGCAUCUGAUGGCAACACGUUGAGUCCUCUUGGAGCAACUUCUUCGGGUAUCCAUCCUGCAGGGGGUUAUCCUGUCAAUGUCAGUCCCAAGGGAAUGACUAUGAUAGGAGCAGAUUCUGUAGCUGUUAAUCCAUCUGGGGCUCAUCUAACAGGAACUAAUCCUAAAGAGACUAGCCCUGUUGAAGCUAAUCCUACCAGAGAUAGUCCAACAAGAGCUAGUCUGCCAGGGACCUGUCUCUCAGACAUAAGGACUGCUGAAGCCAGUUCAAGUGGUGUGUCUUCCUUGGGACCUAAUCCAACAGGCGCCAAUCUCUCGGGAUCAAGUCCUACUGGAGCUAAGCCCCCUCAAUCCAGUCCCUCUGUCACUGGUAGCCUUAGCAGUCCUCACAGUGUGAUCAGCGGAGAUCUGUCUCGGGAGAGCCCUGUUGAGAAGGAGAAGUUGCCGAGCCCCAGAUCAUUGGUCCCCACAGCAGCAUUUAACACGUGUGUGACAUCCUCAGUCUCCAAGCCAAUUUCCUUUCCUGCCCACGCAUCAAUGCCCUCCCCCUCCUCCCAAAGCCAGCCAUCUUACAUCAGCCACCUCCCGAUCUACCUGCAUGGUACAGGGCAUCUCAGCUUGGAGAGGGAAGUGGGGCGAGAGACCCCCCGCGACGGUUCCAAGGUCCACGCCACUACAUUUGUGCCUGCCUUAGGGGAGUUCAUCCCAGGGCCGGCAUCUAGUGCGACUGUCCAGGUCAAGGAGUCAAAAGCAAAGACCUCGGCUAAUGGGAAAGAGAGCAGCCAUGGAUCGGCGGUGAACGAAAAAGAGAAGGACAAAGGAUGCAUCAAGAAGGAGUUUGCCAAAGUUGGUACUACAUUGUCAACAAAGGAGCAGAUAGCUGCCCUGCCCAAGUCGGAUAUUGGCAGUGAAAAGACAAAAGUAGGAACCUCACACCAGGAUUGUGGAGCAAAGAUUAAGGAAAGUAUGGAAGUCAAAUCGGCACUUACCAAAGGCAAAAGUGAAAAAGUUGACAGACAUGAGAAGUCUAAGAAGACACACUCGAGUAGUAAAUCUGCUCACGAAAGUCGUGACCACCAUCUGUCACCCUCGGACCCCCCAACCAAUGGGAAGGAUCGGGGUAAUGAGAGUUCACACAGGACUGCCAGCGAUUCCAUUCACAGGGAAGCAUGCCGGACGUCCGAUGCUGCUAUCAUCAGUACAACCCCCAACAUGCACAGCUAUCCCCACCACAUGGCAGGCUACUCGCUGCCCCUAGGUGGUAUGGUGCCGUCCUCUAGGGACGGAGGCAAACUGGAUGCCUCAUCCACACUGUACAGUGCCGAUGAACAGCGGCGAUACCUGGAGUGGCACAUGGCUGCUGCGAAGCGGGGCUACUGUUACGAGCAUCCAGGCGUGCGAGUCCCGGGCCAGGAGCCACCAAAGCUGGACCCAGGCAUGAUGCACAGGACGCCGCACCAGCCAAGCUUCCCAUCACCGCGAACGGACAGCAGGCCUGAGCUGAUCCCUGAGCAUAGCCGGAGCAGGGAUUUCCCCCCAUAUACAGCGCCACAGGAGAGCAUGCUGCGGUCUGUCCUGACAGCAGGCAUUCAUCAGGCUCACUCGGACACCCAAAGGACAUCUCCUGGGAGCAGCAGUAACAGUGCUGCUGGUGGAAGCGGCAGCAGCAGCAAAGCUACCAAGCAAAGCUGUGAGACUAAGACCGAAAACCGUAGCAAAUCCACAAGUCAUGGCAGCAAGACAUCCUUAGACAGUCUUGGAUCCCAAGGGCGAUCGACUCCUGGGAUCAAGGGAAGUGAUGGCCGCAAUCCUCCAGUAGGCAUAGCUGUGGCUCAGAAGCGGCAGGACUCGGACAGUUUGAGCCAGGGCCGGCCAUCCACUAUUGCCACGCCAAGAACAGACAGUCCCCAUGUAGGGUCUGAAGAGGCUGAAGAUAGAGGGGCUCGCUCCCGGGCCCUGCACGGAGUGGACAGAGACUCCAAGCACAGGGAGCACUCACCAAGGUCUCACCGGGAAGCAACUGAUCUGCUGCCGCCGACGAAGUACCAUCAUCACCGGUACCCGGGGGACUUGGGGUCCAACCUUAUUGUCACAGGUGGCACCAGUCUCGGCCACUCUCCUCACCACUUUGACCCCACAGAUGGACGGAUGACCCCCUCCCACCCAGCCCACCUGGCCCUCCCUCCCCCGUGGCUGCCCAGGGCACCGGGUCCACCCCAUGCCCCAUCUCUCUGGCUGGGCCACCCCUUUGGCCUGACCACGCCCCCUGCGACUCCAUUACAUGCAGCUGGGGAGGGAGCAUCCAGUCAUCUCCAGGUACCACCUGCAGGUUUCCAGGUUGCCAGGGAUCCAGCUACGGGUCAGCUUGUACUUGUGCCCCAAGCCCCUGCCGUGCAUUCAGACUCCGGUGUACCACCGAACUUGAGUAUGUGGCCCUAUCUGGUCCCUCCUCACCUGCAGCCUCAUAGCCACCAGCUGCAGCAGCUCGUCCUGAAUCAACCCUCCUUUGCCCCGCCCUUACCCCACCAGUCGUCUCACCCCCUGACCCAUCGUCCUGACCAGCCCCUGCCCAACGCGGACUACCACCUUGCCUUGCAGCAGCACGAGGCUCUCAUCCAGUGGUACCGGCAGGAUGAGCAGCGCCAGAGGGAGGAACAGCGCAGGAGGGAACAGCAGUCCCGCAAAGGGAGUGGAGAGAAAGUGGCCGGUGAGAAAAGUGGCAAAAGCUCAUCGGGCGUAGAAACAAAAAGUGACAGUCACUCUGAGAAGCAGCCUGUGUCACAAGAUGUCCUGAAUUUGAAGAUUCCCGCCCACACCCCUUACCUACCUGGUGUUCCGUUGCCGGGCCAACCACCCGUCCCCUACGUCUACCCCCCACAGCAAGUGCAAUACCUAUAUAACCACGCCGGUGUGUUCCCUGCACCAGCAGUCUCCUGCAGUUCAUCCCCGAGGACCGAAUCUGGAGCCUCAACAGCAUCACCAAAGCAAACCACAACCAAGUCCAGCAUUGGCGCGGACGGAAGCAAAAAUGCCAAACAUGAUAUCAGUCUGAAGACUGCUCUGAAGAGCAUCAGUGUGCAGACCUCGCCUUCUGAGACCCCAGCCAGUAUGGACAGCUCCAGCGAGACGAAGCACCCUGUGUCAGAAGAGACUGAAGACAAGGAUGACAAGGAAUCCCAUUUGAGGACAGAAGAGAGUGAAGAUCAGGAGUUGAUCAUCGUUGACGUUGUCAACGAUGAUGCCAGCGACAAUCCCAUGAUUGAGGGUGAGAAGCCCACUGAGGAGAACAAGAAUUCAAUUCACACAAACUCCGAAACGGAACCUGCUGUGUUUGACACCAAACCAGUUGAGGAUUUAAGGACUAGCAGGCCCAGUUCAGUUCUUCAAACACCAGCUGAAAUCCCCUGUGAUGUUAAUUUGGACCCCACUAUGACACAGAAGAUGAUCACUGAGACGGUGCUGCCUAUUGCUCCAUUGGCCACACCUCCUUUAGACACUGAGUUGCCCUCUCAAGAAGGACCAGCCCCUAUGCAAGAGGAAGCAGGCAAGGAGUCUCUCAUUUCAAAUGUCUUGACGACUACGCAGAGCUUUGCAUCGCGGAUGGAGGCGUUAGAUCAGGACCAGCUGGCUGCCAUUGAGGGCAUUGCCUUGUUGAGCGAGGUUGCAGACCAGAAAGUCUUCUCUAUCUGUAAUGCAGACAAUGACAAGACUAAUGCAGUGCCGAGUUGCCAAACCAGGGACGAUUCGUAUCUGCUGGACUCUCGUCACCAGGACAACGGCACCCCUCUACAGGGCAACACAGCGAGCGCGUUAACUGCGGCCAGUGGCGGUACACUGCAGCUGAUCACGCAGUCAUGCCCAACAUCACCCACUGAUUUUAUUUUCAAAAGGAGUGCCUCUGGUGAUGGAGUGGACAGCUUUGCCACUGCCGGGGACAUUCUGAACCCCAAUGAGGUGGAGAUGACACAGAGACUGGCCGAACUCCAUAGGAAGUACCAGGAGAAGAAGCGAGAGCUAGACAAGCUGCAGCGCAAGAAAGAUAAGAAGGACAAGGGCUCAAGAUGCCUGGAACAAGACAGGCGACGUGGCCCGGGCAGACCAAGAAAACGAAAAAUCAGUAAAGAGCCCCACCAACAAGAGAGCGGUCCAUGCCCCAUCAUCAAGUCAUCGACGGCUGUACUCCUGGAGGCAGCUGCAUCCCUGGAGGAGAAUUCCCCGUUCCUGGUGCCCAAGAAGAAAAAGAAAAAGGACCGAGAGGACAAGGAGAAAGGGAGGACAGAGGAGAAGAAGAAGAGCAGCAAGAAAGACAAGGAAGCCAAGGCCAGCCACUGCGAGACAUCUAAAUCCAAGAAGAGGAAGCACAAGCUUAAGGAUGAUGCACAAGCCUCCUCUCCAGCAUCAGAAGACUUAUCGUCACCGUCUGGAGGCAAGGCUAAGUCCAAGUCAAAAUCCAAGUCCAAGUCCUCUCCCAGUCUGUCUCCUUCUGCUAAAGACAGCAAGCAGAAAUCUACAGCCAAGUCUAGAAAGAUAUCUCUCACCGACUCGGCAAGCAGUGACUCCUUGGCUAAAUCUGGAAAGUCUCCCAAGACAACAGGCUUAAUCAGGAGUCCUCGUAGUCAGAAUAGCUCCACAGAAUUUGACACAGACAGCGGCAGCAUCAUAUGGCCAAGCAGUUCCACUGCCUCAUCGUCUAAAACCCCUACUGCCAAGUCCAAAUCCAAAAGCUCUAAGAAAAAGACCAAGGAUGCCAAGGCCAAGGACAGCAAGAAGGAUGGGGUCAAGGGUCAGGGGUCGAGUGACCCAACAGAUGAUACAACCAUGGAGGCAAUCGAGAGUGUCAUCCGAAAGUCUUGCGAUGGUCAGGGAAAUAAUGAUAAGGAGCCAAUCAGAAGUGGGCCAUUGGAACAUUCACUUCACUUAUAUGCAGAGGAUGACAGUGACUCACCGUGGGAGACAGCCAUGUUGGAUGCCAAACUGAAGAGAAACUCUGCCGGCCACACACCGCAGAAAGGGCUGGCCCUCCUGGCAGGCAUUUCCUCCCAGGAGCUCAUGAAGAGUACCAGACCCACCAAGGAGAGCAAGACCACCGUAGGCAAGGAUGCAGGUGAUGGGAAGACCAGUGAUGCUGACUCUGCUAAAAAGAAAUCAGGAAAGGCCAAGAAGAGGAGCAUCUCGCCUGCCUCAUCAGAACAAGAAACAUCAAAGAAGGCCAGGAAGAUGUCACCUGUUGCUGUUAAGAAGGAAAAGGACUUUGAAUCCCCGAGCAAACCACCUAAAGCUACUAAGCCCGUCAAGAAGAAGGAAAAAACCCCCAGUGAUCCUACACCGAAGGCUGCUGUCGUCAAACAGGAAAAGAAAGAUCCAGAGGUUAAGCCUUUCUUCAACGAGGAAAUCUGGACACGCAGAAGGAGCGAGAGAAUCUUCUUGAGUGAUAUAAGCCCUGGGCCAUCCCGCGAUGCCAGUCCACUGGCAAAAAGUCAUGAUCUCACCAAGUCCCCCAGGAAAACCACCCAACCUGCCAGGCCAAAGGCACAGUCUGAGAGCAAAGCAGUGGAGCAGGGAGCAAACAAUGACCAUAACAGCACUGCCAAUAUCGGGAGUGUCCUGGAUGCACUGAAGACGGACACCCUACAGAUUCGCAAGAAACUGGCCAGUAUGUCUGCACAGGAGGACGAAAAAGAUGAUACACCGAGGAAGACAAAGAAGAAAUUGACCAAGAAACGAGACCAAGGCAAGAAAUCCAGCAGUAAACAAGAUUCGGGUACUGAUGCUGGCAGGUCCAAACACAAUGAUGACAUACUAGACAGCAGCUGCAGUGAAGCUGAAAACCUCCCACUCAGCAAUCUUUUGGAAAGGCAAAACCCUCAUCCACCUAGGUCUUGCAUCAUCAACAAAGAUGAGCUUCAGAAUGGUUUGAGAGUUCUCAUUCCCAUCGAUGGGCUGUUUUAUGCUGGUUAUGUUAAUGCCAUCCAGCCUCCAGAUGUUUACGGUGUCAUCUUGGAUGGUGAGCGUGGCAAAAGACCUCAUGUGUUCUCCCAGGAGCAGAUGCUGCAAGAGACAUUUGUCGAUGUCAAACCUCUCUCAACUCGCUUUGUGCCUGAGGGCACUCGGGUGUGCGCCUACUGGAGCCAACAAUUUCGAUGCCUGUACCCAGGCACUGUCGUGAAGGGAACGCCCAAUCCUAAUGAGGACCCAAAUUUUGUCUGUGUGGAGUUUGACGAUGGAGACUCGGGUAGGAUUCCUGUGGAUCACAUCCGGAUGCUCCCGCAUGACUUCCCAAUUGUCGAAUUUGAACCCAUUCCUGCAGAGCUGCAGCGGAAGAGGCGCCGCCGAACAUCGGAUACCAGCUGCUCUACGUCAAAUUGCAAACAGGAAACUGCAGACAAUGGUGAAGGUCCUGAUGCUGCAGGUUAUGAUGCCGCCAAAGCCAAGACCAGCCCAAUCAAGAAGAAACCAAAGGUAACAGAGCAUAACAAGUCGGCCAGUGAGCAACCUGAAAUGGACAGAAUCCCCGAGUCGGGUGAGGACGAUGUUUUUCUACCACACCCGCAGAAGGUUCAGAGUAAGAGUAAAAAGUCCAAAAGUCACGAUAAAUCCAAAAAGUCAUCGAGCAAGGUGGAUUCAAAACUCAAAGAGAAGAAGAAGAAGAAAAAGAGAAAGAGGGAUGAAAGAAGGCAGGAGUCUGGCGAUCAUAAGAGCUCCAAACGCUCUUCCAGCAAGAGCCCCCGCAGAAGCCCUGCCAGAAGCCCCUCAAGAAGCCCUGGCAAAUCCAAGAAGAAAAAGAGGAAGGAAGACCGCAAGAAGAAGAGUUCCUCCAAGCUGAGCUCCUCUAACAGUGACUCCUCCCCCAAGUCCAAAUCCUCAAAGAAGAAGUCGUCCUCCUCAUCCAGCAGCAAGAGAAAAUCCCACCGUGACGACAGGCACAGCAGUUUCUGCACGGUGGAAACGGAGACUGUCUACUCCACGCAUCCCAUCACUGGUUCCCAAGUCUUGACUGAGGAGGAAUCUGCUUCUGAGACGCCCACCUUUGACAGUGGGAAGGGAGUUUGGAACAAGCAUCGCGAUACCAGGGAUCACAGCUUGGAUGACUGGAGCUCCUCAGAAAGUAGCAAGGAUUCCAGUAGUGACAGCGAUGAAACAAGUUCGGAGAGCUUGAGCAGCAAGGACAACGCACCUCUUACACCUGGGCACAAGAGCCGGUCCAGCUGUCUCCCGUCCACCAGCAAGAUGACAGGUAGCCCUAGCCCUAGUCCUAGCCCCUGUAAUGCAGUAGCCUUUCUGCCUGCUCGCCAGCUGUGGAAUUGGUUUGGCAAAGCCACCCAGCGCCGUGGGGCCAAAGGCAAGGCUCGAAAAGUCUUCUACCGAGCAAUCAUGAGGGAAAAAGAAAUCAUACGGCAAGGAGAUGCUGCUGUCUUCCUGUCCACAGGACGCCCUCACCUGCCAUACAUCGGUCGCAUUGAGAGCAUGUGGGAGUCCUGGGGUGGCAACAUGGUGGUGCGCGUCAAGUGGUUCUAUCACCCAGAAGAGACCAAAGGGGGACGGAAGUCACAUGAUGGCAAAAUGGCACUUUAUCAGUCUCUCCAUGUUGAUGAAAAUGAUGUCCAGACAAUUUCCCACAAAUGUGAAGUACUCUCUAUUGAUGAAUACAAGCGCUACACAUCAGGAAAAAAACACAAGUAUACAGUGGACAGUGAAGACGUGUACUACCUUGCAGGGACCUAUGACCCAACCAGUGGUCAUAUCACAUCAGUGACUUAGGACAGGUAUAGGCAUUGGAAGGUAACCGUGGAGUGUGAGGACAUGUCCUCACAAGCAGAGACCUGCAACCUCUACCAGAGAUCAUAUCACAUCCAUGACUUGGAAUUUGAUGGGCUAUGGAAGGGGGUGACCAUGGGCUGGGAGGACAUUGCUGUCAAACAGGGACUUACCCAUGGACUCUGAGGACGUGUACCAUCUGUGAGAGAUCUACUGAAUGAGCCUUGUCUUGGGACAGGUGCAUGCAGUGCACAAGGAGCUCACAUGUGACCAUGAGCAUAUUAAAAUCUGGCAGGAACCUGUUGUCCAACCAGUGGCCAUAUCUCACCCCAGUGACCUUACACAGGACGUAAGAGGAGACAUAUACCACCUUAGACUGACCCAAGCCUGACCGAUGGGAGCAUCGGCCAGCUAGCUUAGUUACUGGUUUCAGGUAACAUGAAGAGUGAGGACCUGCUUCCUUGCUAUGGAACCCAUAAGACCAGUGGUUACUUUUUCAAGUAACUGACUCUGGCAAGCGCCUACGUUAUGGAAACCUUUUUUGGGGGAGGGGGUUCAAAAGUUUAAGCCCAGAUUUGUUCUUGGCAUGUAAAAGUAUGAGUAGUAUACAAGGGUCCUUAAAGAAAUGCCUCUUUUGAGGCCCUAGUAAAUGAAAACUUGCCUGUACAGCUCAUGUGAAAGCCUAUCCCAACAGUUUGGCACGCAACUGCCAAAAAGCAGAUUUUUUUGUGAAGGUAUAAAGCACAACAGUUUUCAAUGGCAUUUAAUUAGUUUUGAAAACAUUCAGAAAUUGUGAGGUGAUCCUUUGCUCCCAAGUUAAAUUUUUGUAAAAAUAAUUAUUACAUGUGCGUGUAGCUUGUAUGGCCAAAAGGAUAAUUGUGUCUGUUACAAAUUUUCAAUUUUGAUCAUUCAAACUGGUUUUGACAAAUUUUUAUAUCGUGGAUUUGAAACUCGAAGAUUUGAAGAUUUUUAGCAAAUGCUAACUACUUUGUAUCAAGUACUUGUUGGCUGUUUUACACGUAGAAUUUUUUUGGAAAAAAGAAACCAUAGUUUCAUUAUUUUAAUUUUCGAUUAUUCGAAAAGCAAGAAAAGUAAAGCCAAUGUAUUCUAUUUUUAUCAUUAAACUUUUAUCGAAGACUUUCUUCAAAAUGAAUUCAAAGGACAGCAUAAAGUGAUCAAAAUUGUGUUCAUUAAUCAGUCAUUUAUGAGUUUUUAGAAAAUGUCCAAAUUUUGUGUGCUUCAGCACCCUUGUAUAAAACCAUGACAAAGUCAUUAUCAAGAACAGAUCUUGAUUAACUGCAGAAAUACAUUUUAUUGGACAACAUUUCUUUGAGAAGUACUUGAAAUGUACACCUAUCAUCAUUUAUAAUUAUUUAGUCACACUUUGAUGAAUGGAAAAGAGCAUGAUUUGGAGAUGGCGUGAUCUGCCUUCCUGAGAGGAAGCGUUAAAUGAUUUCAAUUUAAAAUUUGCUUGUUACAAUCUUUAUUACGAAAUUGGGCCUUGUAAUAUUGAUUAAUUUUUUAAGGGCACACAUUUAAAAGGGAAAAGUGGCUUUCUGAGAUUUUUAAUAGUGGAAGUCUUUCUUAGUGUUGCAAAAUGGGGCUUUAAUAAUUCAAGGAAUAAAACUCAGAUUGUGAUCGUGCAUAUGAAAGGAAUAACCCCCAAAACCCAAAAACUGAUUUUUCUCGUUUAUUUGGUGGAGGAGAUCAGUAUUCUCUUUCUGUGGUCCAUAUGCAGAAAUAAACAUAUGGAGCAUUAAUAUUAAUCUGUGAUUACCAAAUGACAUUAUAAGUGUUUGUAAUUACCAAAAUCUGUACAAAUAGAUGAAUAUUUUCUGUGUAAAAUGAUUUCAAAGGGUUUUGAUCUAUCGUGUAUAUUUAUUUGUACAUAAUGUGGCCACCUCGAGUCUUUGGGACUGCAUAUAAGAGAGUUGUACAUAAUGUAAGUGCUAUACAUUUUUGUGUGUAUGACCCACCGGGUUCUUGUAUAAAGUGAGUAGCAUUUUUGUUUUUCAGUACGUCAACUUACCUGAUUAAUGCGACGGAAGAGUUUUGUAUUCAGUGAAAGAAAGGAACACCUGUUUUGUGUGAAGAAAAAGCAAGGGUUGAAAAAGUUAAUGUUGAGAAAUUAGUGUUUGUUUCAUAUAGCAAAGAUUAUUUUUGAAUCGCAUCUUGUGUGCCCUAUUCUACUGAUUACUGAAAAAAUCAUCAUGCGGUGAUAAAACAAAUCUGUCCCAGGUUUGUGAUUGAGGUUUUGGGCAUUUACAUUCGUUAACAUUUUUGCCCUAAAGUUCCAGUACAAAUGUAAGGCAAAAGUUACCUUUUUGAUAGCAAAUACUAAAGGAAAAGAAAGAAGAUUUCUAUAUUCAGAUUUCGGUACGUUUAUAUAUUAAAUGUGUAUUGGUAUUCGUUACACAACUGCAGGAAUUUUUGCUUGUGUGUACAGCGUACAUUAUGUGACUACAUCUUACUGCUUCAAUUGGUUAAAUCUCAGCUAACCAGAAAAUGGAUAUGGUGACACUUCAUGUACUUAAUUGAAGCUGCCAUGCUGAAGAAAUUGUAUAACCCAAGUCACAUUAUCUGAAUUGUUUGCUUUCUCACUGAAGGAGUACAGACCAGAAGACCGAAAGUUUUAGAGUUGUGUUCCUCUUGAAGAAUUCCGUGAGAUUUUUUCGGGCUUAGUUUACUGAACAGAUAAUUCAGUGACUUUUUAGUGGUGUGAAGAUUUUGCAGAGUGCAUUAGGGACUAAAAGUAAUAACUGCUUCAAGAAUUUCAGUUCUUAAGAUUUGUUUGAUGAGAUGGAGGGUUUUCAGUAUUGGCAGCUGAUAUAACUAGAUCAUGUGUUGUGCUCUUCGAGAUUAAAAAAAAUGUAUUUGAAACAAGAAGGCCAUGUGCAUUGCCAUGGUUUCUUGCACUGAAUUGUGAGCAGAACAGAAUCUGUUUUUAUUUUGAAUAAAUUAAGAAAACUUAUUAUUCCGGAUGUCUGCUUUGGUACUUAAGACAAAUAGACGGCCAAGUGUAACGGCAAACAGCAGAGGCUUUGUGUGGAAGCCAUCUUGCAGGACAGUGGUUUUGUUCCACAGGGGAACCUCCUUUGUGCAUAUCCUGUGAAUGGAAUGAAAGCACUAACCAACAAAAUGUUAAGCCAUGGAAACCCUCGAAAUUUCCAUAGUAUUAUGGUUUCCGUCCAGACAUAAUCUGAAAACAGGAGGAACAUAUUUGGUAACAACUCUCUGAAGAGUACCUUCACGUCUUUCUCUAUCACAUUUGAUCAAUAUCCAAUAACUACAAACAUCCACAAGUGGUGAGCCAGUCACAGAGAUUUAAUGAAUAUUUAAAAUUGAGUUACUUUGAAGAAAAAAAAUACAGUGACAAAAAUAAAUAGGGUACCCCAUGCCAAUUUGUUUUGAUCGAAACAAAAGUGCCCCUAAAAUAACAGUUCAACUAAAUGUAGCAAGGAAAAUAUUCCAAACUUUAAAGCCGUCUGUGCUUGCAUUGGAAAUGUUUUUUGUAUGUUUUACAUAUACUCUGAACUUCACAUAUUUGUUUUUGUUCCUUUUAUAAUUGUUCCUCUUAUAUUUCAUGUUAGUUUUCAAAUGAAACUGAAUCCUGAGCAGAAUAUGUAUUCCAAAAGGCAUAUGGGGUCUUAAAUGUUAUAGAAACAUCAUCGCAUAUUUGCUAAGCUUUAACUUUUGCAGUGAUUCUCCAUAAUUUUAGUUUCUGAAUCACACGUCUUCAAACACAGUUCUGAUAUAAACAGCAAGUUUAAACCAACAAGGGAUACCCUUGCAUUUGUCACUUUAUGUCCUAAAACAGAAAGAAUACCGUAUAUCGCAAACUAUAGCAAUAUUAAUUUCUUUAAGUUUAAGCACAAAUUAACCAAUACAGCAAGGGAUGAUUUUCGUUUUUGUUUUGAAGAGGUAUAGCUCUCCAAAAGUAUGAAUGAAAUGGGUUUGAGGAGAAAAUCCUCCUAUCGUAGCUUGCACAUUUCUUCGGAAAAAGGUUUUUUUUUAAAUGUACUGAAAUUUGCACUUUUAAAUCUCUUUUAAUUAAAACUUUUAAAUUUUCUUUUGCCUUCUCAAAUAUUCGCUAAAGGGAUAAAAACAACACUAUGAAAGAUACCCUGGAAUUUACUUCAACCUUCUGAUCUGUCAAAGAGAAUUCGCCUAGUCUAUUCUUUGCACAAAUGUACGUGGAGAGGUAAGUCUAUUCUCAGACUUCAACUACUCUCCUCUCACAGCGAUUGUCCUGAAAAUGACGUAACAAAAGCGACAGGUUGUACUUAGUCUAAUGCCUUGAACUAUUGGAUGAAUUUGAGCCGUUGUCCAGUACUGGAUAGCUAUGCUCUUACCGCUGUAGGCUUUCUUUGCCAGGCUUCACUACCUUUGUUCCAUUCAUCAACAUGCGCAGUUAGGUCAUUGGAAACACUAAUGGAUUACCCGCACGCUCUCUUCCAACCACACUAUCCUGGCGGAGUCGCACGUGUAUGUUAGUGCCAAUAGCGGAACCUUCAGGACUAAUGAUACAAAUGUUUCAUGCUAUCGAUGAAAUUGUAUGGGAUUGAGGACGACUGUGAUACCAACCACGUGAAGUUCAGCGAGUAGCUUGACCUGGAACCAUUUCACUGACCGCUCAGAUGAGAAUCACUGGUCUUGACAUUGUUACUGUUUGGAUGUACAUCGAAUUGCUCUCCUACAACACGGCAAUAUUUCGUUUGGAAGAUAUUGGAUACUGCACUGCAACCCCAUGAGGAGCACAAAUAGGUACCAAUGCAGAGACGUUCUGUAUUUACAAGAAGUUGGGAAGAAGUGCCGGUAACUCAGUGUUCCUUGGAGUGCCGGCUGUCCCAAGAAUUCAGGACUUGAUGUCCUGUACAUUUAAGUUCAGAUCUCAGGCGUGUCCUCAUUGUGGCUUUGUCAUCAAUGGGGUUAUCUAAGGGCACCUAAACUCUCUUGGCCUCACGUACCCGUGGUUGAUGGGUUGCGCUGGAAACAGUCCCCUGCGGAUACUGGCCUGACCUGCAUGAUCGGAAUGCCUGCUCAUCGAGUCGUAUUGCAGGUGUUACAGAGGUUUUUGCGGUCGUCUUAACCCACUCCUUCAACUACCAAGAUGCUUGUCAAGACACUAUACAAACCCUGUUGGGUGCUACUGAGCUGGAUCACAUCCUGUGCUUCGAUGAGAGUGAGCUGCAUUCUUACGUUAACUUAUGAGGAAGUGACAAGGCACGUUAUUCAACCUAAUGAUGGAUAACUACCUCUGGUCUGAGAUGGAAGAGACAAUGUAUGCUGCUCUUUCUAAUGCUGUAUUCCCAUUGAAUUCCUUAUCUUUUGUCUUUGCUGUACCCAAAUACUUUUUUCAUGGGCCACUUUACAUGUACCUCUGGUCUGUGAAAAGAGUUAGACAGACACAACAUGACUUGAAACAUGAAUAUGUAACCAGCUUACGUUAUAUUGCAUAACAUUCAGUUUAUGCACAGCCUUCACAUGAAAAUUACUCACACAUUAUUUGAGAGUUUCUGUAUAAGUCUACAAAGACGUGUUGAACUAAGUAACUUUAGAAUUGCAAAAUUUGUAAAAAUUGUAAUGUGCGUUUCCUGGAAAUCUUUUACAGUUAAUUUCUUUCACAUUCGAUGGAGUGAUAUUUCAUUAUUAAAUGCUGAAUUUAGUUUGGAUUUUGCACCACUUGAUUUUAUUUUGUUUGUGUAUUUUCAUCAUCUUUCAAUCCGUUUUGUACUUCAUGCAUCUUGGUUGGUAUGACAAAAGAUGAUUCUGCUCAUUUUCAAGAGCACAAUUGAUGGUCAGCUACCGGUACAUGAGAUGAAAUCAAUACUAAGAAUGAAUUACAGUGUGCUGCAAGCAAAAUGAAAUGUAGUGGUGAAACUUUGAAAUCAAAUUCCACCAUUGAUCCCAGCGAAAUUCUAAGGAUGAAAUUUAAAUGUUCUUUCAAUGAAGUUGGGGCAUGAUUUGCGACAUUUUGACAAGGAUGUAUUUGUUAUUUUUGAACGUAAGGGGUCCUUUUCAAUUGUCUUGUAUAAAUGUAUCUUAGGUUGUACCUCUUCUUGGUCUUUAGAAUACCUGUAAAGUUGAGAAAAUUUGGUUGCAAGUGUAACAAGGGCGUAACACCAUUUCCAUCAGUUAUGGUGAUACACGUGUAAUUAUAUGAUGAAAAACAUAUGUGCAUCAGAUUCUCCCAUACAGAUAGCCUGGAGUACAGCACAUGACAACUUCUAACAACUAUGGAAAAAUUUAAUGGGGAUUCUCAGUAAUUUUUAAAAAGUCCAUUAAAAAUCUCGUGCAGAUUCAAUGGACAGAUUUCUUGGAAUAGCCCCGAGACUUUCCGAUAAGUUUCCUAGGCAGAAGUUUGGAGUAGCUGUGCUCUCGGCUAUUUAUUUGUGUUUGAAAUAGUUGCUACAAAUAUAAAUGUUUUUCAAACCAUUAAACUGUAACUAGUUGCAUCUGCGAUGUAACAACUGUAAGAAAAAUGUAAAAAUGAUCUGAAACACUAUAACAGAAUUACACUUACACUAUGCAUAACAAUUCAGUUACUACGAGGGCAUCCUUGUCUACGAAUAUGUUAAAAUGUUACAAAACAUUAGAACCAGCAAAAUUUGUAGGAUGAAAUUGGAAUUGGUCUUUUCGUGAGGCUUGGCCAUAUUUUUACAUUUUGACAAAGUAGUUUAGGAAGAGGGGUCCUUCAGAAUUGUUUUAAAAAUGUAUAGUAAAUUGUAACUCUUAAUUUAAAUAUUGUAGAACACGUAAGUUAUUCAGUACAACACCGUUAAGGAACUGUGAUUGCAAUUAUGGUAAUUAUGGUAAUAAUUACAAUGAUGUGAUAACAUUUCUUUGCACUAGUUCCCACCUUCCAAAGAGUACAACACAAGAUUCAUUCCAUCGACAUACUUCUUAAAAUAGCUCUGAAACUACAAUAAGUUUCCUUAGUACUGGUUUAGAAUAGCUCUGUUCUGGGCUGUUAAUUUUGGGGAGAAACUGGUGCUAAAAUGUAAAUGUAUUGCUAAACAUGACUUAAUUUGCUAGUACUCUGUAACAUCUGCAGUACGUUUUUCUUAAAGUUUAAUAUGAAAGUGGUGUGAAACAUUCCUUACAACGAGUUACACCAAUACAAUGCAUACAAAAGUUUUACUGCGAGAAAAAAAAUCCCAUUUAAGAAUGUGUAAAGAGUAACCAUGUUAUUUGUAGUACAAAACAAGGUUCCAAUAAACUCGAAAUAUGUA